AUGUGUGCAAAAUGCAAUGGACCUGACCCAGAUGAUUGUGAGAAGUGUGCUAGUUCCAGCUUUUUCCUGUAUAAUGGAGAAUGCUUUGGAAGAUGUCCACAAGGAUCCUUUGACAUGUCUGGAGACAAAUAUUGUCAAGAAUGUGACAGCACGUGUAAAUCUUGCCAUUCAUUUAAGACUUGUGACGAAUGUAAAGAUGGCUUAGUUAAAAACAGCCAAGGCCACUGUGUGUCAUAUAAGGAGUGUGACAUCCAUGAAUAUAAGGAUGAACAUAAAGGCUGCCUCCCUUGUCACAGGAAAUGCUCACGGUGUGCCGGAGCCAGCGAACACCAAUGUUUAAGCUGCAAAGACAGCUACUACCUUCUCAAAUGUGACAGCACGUGUAAAUCUUGCCAUUCAUUUAAGACUUGUGACGAAUGUAAAGAUGGCUUAGUUAAAAACAGCCAAGGCCACUGUGUGUCAUAUAAGGAGUGUGACAUCCAUGAAUAUAAGGAUGAACAUAAAGGCUGCCUCCCUUGUCACAGGAAAUGCUCACGGUGUGCCGGAGCCAGCGAACACCAAUGUUUAAGCUGCAAAGACAGCUACUACCUUCUCAAUUCUACGUGUGUGAGUAAAUGUCCUGAUGGCCACUACCAAGAAGAUGAAGAAAAGCGAUGUGUUCCCUGCCACAGUACCUGUAAGACUUGCAGUGGAAGACGAAGCAGCCAAUGCCUGUCCUGUAAAGAGGAAUGGUACUCUCUGGGUCAUAGCUGUGUACAACACUGCAUCUCAGGAUAUUAUGCUGAUAACACUACUGCCUCGUGUGAGAGAUGUCACAGAGUCUGCAAGGAAUGCCAAGGACCAGACUCAAAUGACUGCCUUGCCUGCUUUGAUAAGUUUUUCCUGAUGAAAACCAAAAACCAAUGUUACAGUUCAUGUCCUGAAUACUACUUUGAAGACCAUGCCCAAAAAGCUUGUGAAAGGUGCCACCCAACCUGCAGGAUGUGUAGAGGUUCAGGCGCCCUAUCAUGCACAUCAUGUGUGUCAAGUUACCAGCUGCAAGGGGGAAUUUGUAUAUCGGAGUGUUUUGCUGGAGAAUACAAGGGUACACAGGGACCAGAUGGAGAGUGUGAAAAAUGCCAUGAAAGCUGUAUAGAGUGUAAAGGACGUGGACCACUGAACUGUACUGUGUGCCCAGCAAGCUUUUUACUAUAUGUGAAUGAUGGGAGGUGUGUGCAAUGCUGCCAUUCCAAGCCCGAGGACUCCAGGGAAUGCUGUGACUGCAGUGAAAUACCAGAGGAAUGCAAGUUAAUAACCGAACUCUUGGUGGACAAUGAUGGACACAAGAAGACUGCUUUGUUUGUGGCCACAUCUAUUCUGGUGGUGCUUAGCAUUGGCGCAAUCAUAUUCUUUUGGCGCCGAGCCCGGGCAAAAGCUUCAACUGUCAUCAAAGGUGGAUAUGAAAAGCUGCCGGACCAAACAAAAUCCUUCCAAUCUUUCAAGAGCAACAGAGAAAGUACCUCCAGUUUUCAGCGGGAUCACGUGAUUGAGUAUCAUGAUCGCGAGGAGGAGGAAGAUGAUGAUGAUGAUGACGAAGAUAUAGUUUACAUGGGCCAAGAUGGGACAGUAUAUCGCAAGUUUAAAUAUGGACUCUUAGAAGAUGAUGACGACGAGGACUUAGAAUAUGAUGAUGAAAGUUAUUCAUUUAGAUAAUUAAUUGCAACACUCCACAUAGAAGAAAAAAAAAAAAGAAAGAAAAAAAAAACCAUGCAGCACUGGAGGCCUGUAGAGUGAAG